UCUGUCUCGGUUUCGAAUUCGGUUUCAAACCGGUUCGACCGAACCAGUUUAUUUGCACACCCUGGCGAUACUGAUCCGUCCCAUGCACGCUUUUGGACACUAUAAUGACGAUAACCCAUUGAACUUCAACUUCUCAGACUCGCAGAAAAGGUCUUUCUUUUGAUCAAUGGAGGAAAGAGGAGAAUGCUCUGCUUCAGCUUCAGCUUCAGCCAAUCCCUCAGAUGAAAUCUGGGCCAAGCUUGUUCUGUCAGAUGAGAGAUAUUCAGAUGUGCAGAUAAGUUCAGAUGAAAAAGUAAUAUCUUCAGAGAUAUCAGCUACUUCUAAUGACAAACAUAGCUGGUGCAAAAUAGUAAGGAAUCCUGAUCUAUGUUCAGCCACAAUGGAAAACAAGAGUCAAAAUACAAUACUUGUUGAUGGGGUCAAGGUACACAGUGAUGAUACCAUUGUCAUUAAGGAUGGAAGUCAAAUUAUCCCAGGUCCUGAUAGAGAAGGAUUUGUCAGCUACAAAUUUCAUAUAAUGUCUGGCCCAGAUAUCUGCCAGAGGCAGCUAAAGAUAUGUGUAGAUGUCAAUCAUGCAAAGUGUAGCAUUUGCUUAAACUUAUGGCAUGAUGUUGUUACUGUUGCUCCAUGCCUUCAUAACUUUUGCAAUGGUUGCUUCUCAGAGUGGCUAAGGAGAUCAAAGGAAAGACACUCAGCCGUUCUUUGUCCUCAAUGCAGAGCAGUUGUUCAUUUUGCUGGGAAAAACCACUUUUUGCGUACCAUUGCUGAGGAUAUGCUAAGGGCCGAUUCUUCACUACAACGCUCACAUGACGAAGUUGCACUUUUAGAUACUUAUGCAUUAGUACGAUCAAACCUGGUCAUUGGAUCUGGAAAGAAGAAUCGAAAGAGGGCCUACACACCACUGGAUGAUCAAAGUGAUGGCACAUACCAUCAGUGCCAACAGUGUGUUACUGAAGUUGCUGGGUUUCGUUGCAAAUAUGACACUGUUCAUCUUCAAUGUCAAGCAUGUGGAGGAAUGAUGCCUUCCCGCACUGGUUUUGGCAUUCCUCAGUAUUGUUCAGGAUGUGAUAGAUCAUUCUGUGGAGCUUACUGGCAUGCUCUAGGGGUAACUGGGAAUGGCUCUUACCCUGUCUGCUCCCAGGAUACUUUAAGACCUAUCUCAGAUCACUCUAUUUCAAGAAUUCCAUUGUUAGCACAUGAAAAGAAUCUCCAUGAACAGAAUAUCACUGAUAGUUGCAUUAGACAAAUGGGGAGGACAUUGCCGGAUGUGAUAUCAGAGUGGAUAGCAAAGUUUGAAAACAGAGAAAUUGAUAGAAGGCGGAUGAUGCUGAAUCAUGCUGAGAUGAUUACUGCUCGAACUUUUGUAUGCCAGGAUUGUUACCACAAGUUGGUGUCAUUUCUCCUGUAUUGGUUUCGCCUCUCUAUACCCAAACAUCUUCUUCCACCAGAUGAAUCAGCAAGAGAAGAUUGCUGGUAUGGAUAUGCAUGUCGGACGCAGCACCGGAGUCAAGAGCAUGCUCAGAAAAGGAAUCAUGUGUGCCGUCCAACAAGAGGCUCAAACAUGUGACUAUUGUAAACAUUUUUCUUUCAAGUAGAAUCUGUGUUCUUAAUCUUGUCCUUUUUACAAAAACAAAAGUGCUGUGUCAAUUGGGUUUUUUUUUUUAUUAUCUUGUUGGUUGCUACGAAUGCCUGGAUUCAAAGCAGUUCAAAAUUAUGAAAACUGAUUAUUCGUCAUUUAAAAAAAAUUCUAAACCAA